CCCCAUCUUUUUUUUCUCUCUCUUCGCAUUCGACUAGUACGACGAAGAAGAAGAAGAGAGAAAACUUUUAGUGAGAGAAAGUCUUAGAGAGAGAGAGAGAGAGAGAGAGAGAGUUGAACCCACAGUAUAAUGAACAAUUUCUAGCUAGGGUUUUGUUGAAUUGAUAAAUUAUUCAGAUGGAAAUUUCUGGUAGACGAUCGAAUUAUACUUUGUUGAGUCAAGUUCCGGACGAUAAUUACCUUCCUCCGCCGUCGAAGUACUCUCUCACUGGCGGUGGCGGUGGCGUUGGAGGUGGAGGAGUAGCAUCGUAUUAUGAGUCUCAUUCUGGUGAGAAGGGUAAAGGCAAAACAGGUGAUAAUAGAGGAUUUGAUUGGGAUUUGAUUGAUCACCGUAGUAGUAUGAUGCAAGCGCCGAAUCGGAUCGGUGCGGCGGCAUUUCCAGGUUCGAUUGGAUUACAGAGGCAAUCAAGUGGGAGUAGUUUUGGUGAGAGUUCGAUCUCCGGAGAGUAUUAUAUGCCGUCGUUGUCUAAUGCGGAGGCGUCGUUUGGGUACCUCAAUGAUGGCGGUGUUGGCGGUGGCGGUGCUGAAUCGAGGAUGAAGCCGUUGGAAGCUAACUUAUGCGGUGGCUCGUCUUCUAAGAGCUGGGCACAGCAGACUGAGGAGAGUUACCAGCUGCAGUUAGCUUUGGCUUUACGGCUUUCUUCGGAAGCUACCUGUGCUGAUGAUCCAAAUUUCUUGGAUCCUGUGCCUGAUGAAUCCGCAUCCCGUGCUUCAGCUUCAGCUGCUUCAGUGGAGACCCUUUCCCAUCGAUUCUGGGUAAAUGGAUGCUUGUCGUACUUCGACAAAGUGCCUGAUGGAUUUUACUUGAUCCAUGGGAUGGAUCCAUAUGUCUGGAUUGUCUGCUCCGAUCUACAAGAAAAUUCCCGCGUUCCAUCUAUUGAAUCAUUGAGAGCCGUUGAACCCUCUGUAGUACCAUCAGUUGAAGUGAUUUUGAUUGAUCGGCGUACCGAUCCUAGCUUGAAAGAACUGCAGAAUCGGAUCCAUAAUCUCUCUCCUAGUUGCAUCACAACAAAAGAAGUAGUUGAUCAGCUUGCUAAGCUGGUCUGCAGUCAUAUGGGGGGCACAGCUUCUGCCGGAGAAGAUGAGUUGGUUCCUUUGUGGAAGGAGUGCAGUGAUGACCUGAAGGAUUGUCUAGGAUCCACUGUGCUUCCCAUUGGUAGCCUGUCUAUCGGCCUUUGUAGGCAUCGAGCUUUGCUAUUUAAAGUGCUAGCCGACGUCAUUGAUUUACCAUGUCGAAUUGCCAAAGGAUGUAAAUAUUGUAACAGAGCUGAUGCUUCCUCGUGUCUAGUUCGAUUUGGACUUGACAGGGAGUACCUGGUUGAUUUGAUUGGGAGCCCUGGAUGUUUAUGCGAACCAGAUUCUUCGCUCAACGGCCCAUCUUCUAUCUCAAUUUCUUCACCAUUGCGAUUUCCGAGAUUCAGAGAAGUUGAACCAAGAACUGAUUUCAGGUCACUUGCCAAACAGUAUUUCUCGGAUUGUCAAUCGCUUAAUCUUGUGUUUGAGGAUUCUUCAGCAGGAGCUGCUGUUGGUGGAGAUGCAGGACAAACUGACCGAAAUAACAUCGAGAGAAACAGUGCAGUCCCUAGUCCAGUUAAGCGUGAUGAAAUUUCUCGGUUACCUGUGCCUCCAAUUAGGGACAUGGCUCCUGGGAAUUAUGUCCGUCCAAUUUUGCAUGGAGAUACACAAUUAUCAGACCCUAGAGACAUAGAGAAUGAUAUGAGAUUUCUUGAGGGAGGAAGUCAACUUGUUCCCGCUAGAACAAGUAGAGACCUUGCCCUUGAAAUAGAAGAUUUUGAUAUUCCCUGGGAAGAUCUUGUUCUGAAGGAGAGGAUUGGGGCAGGGUCUUUUGGUACCGUUCACCGUGCUGAUUGGAAUGGCUCUGAUGUUGCUGUGAAGAUUCUCAUGGAACAAGAUUUUCAUCCAGAGCGAUUCAAGGAAUUUUUGCGGGAGGUUGCAAUUAUGAAGCGGUUGCGACAUCCAAAUAUUGUGCUUUUUAUGGGUGCAGUUACUCAGCGACCAAACUUGUCCAUAGUUACAGAAUAUUUAUCAAGAGGAAGCUUAUAUAGACUUCUUCAUAAACCUGGUGCUAGGGAGGUUUUGGAUGAAAGGCGUCGGUUGUCUAUGGCAUACGAUGUGGCAAAGGGUAUGAAUUAUCUACAUAAACGCAAUCCUCCCAUCGUUCAUAGAGAUUUAAAAUCUCCUAAUCUUUUAGUGGACAAAAAAUACACAGUGAAGGUCUGUGAUUUUGGUCUUUCUCGUUUAAAAGCGAACACAUUUCUCUCAUCAAAGUCUGCUGCUGGAACUCCGGAAUGGAUGGCACCUGAAGUUCUUCGUGAUGAACCAUCAAAUGAGAAAUCUGAUGUAUACAGCUUUGGUGUUAUUUUGUGGGAGCUGGCAACGUUGCAACAACCUUGGAGUAAUUUGAACCCAGCGCAGGUUGUAGCAGCCGUCGGCUUUAAGGGGAAAAGACUUGAAAUUCCGCGUGACUUGACUCCUCAAGUGGCAAGCAUUAUUGAGGCUUGCUGGGCCAAAGAACCAUGGAAACGUCCCUCCUUUGCUGCAAUCAUGGAUAUGCUGAGACCACUAAUUAAACCUCCUGUAACACCUCCUCAACCAGGUCGUACAGACAUGCAGUUGCUUGCGUGAAUGCUUGUAAUAGAUGUAUGAUUUCUGCACAUAUUUGGCAUUCUUUGUUAAUCAUCUUCUGGGAGGAACAAGUCUUCGUUUACUUCAGGCUUUUGUUCUGUACAUAUUAGUUCAGAAUGCCCGUCUAGAGCCAUUUUUUCUUCACAAAUUCAAGCUGCCAUUUCUCCCAGAAGACCAUUUGCAAUUGACUUGUACGUUUCCUCGUGGAAAUAUUGUUUAGCCAUAUGAUUUUGUUAAUGCCAGCAAAUAACAGUUCUUUAAUUUUCUAUCGAGAAAUGAUUUUGUAUGUAUAAGAAUUUAUAAUGGGAAGUUGUCUUAUAGGAAUGCCCAGUUUGUAUCA